AUGACGACUGAAGUUAACAUGGAGAAGAAGAUUGAGAGCAAUGCUGGUGAUGCCAAGAGCAUUGCGGGACGGGAGGAGCAGUGGCGAGGGUUGAGGAGGGUUCCCGAUAAGUUGCCAAAGAUUGCAUUGUUAAUCUUGGCUGUCGAGCUCGGUGAGCGAUUUACCUACUUUGGUCUUUCUGGACCGAUCCAGAAUUACAUCAACAACCCGUACGACCCCGGCUCCGACCUUCCAGGCGCCCUUGGAAAAGGUCAAGCUGUCGCAACAGCCCUCGGCAACUUCUUCAAGUUCUGGGCCUAUGCCUCAACAGUCAUUGGCGCUAUCGUCGCUGAUCAGUAUCUCGGAAAGUUCAGAGCCAUCUGCUGCGCCUGCGUCAUCUAUGUCAUCGGCCUCGUCAUUCUCGUCUCGACUUCAACACCCACGGCCCUCCUUAAUAACGCUGGCCUUGGUGGUCUUGUCGCUGCUAUGAUCACCAUUGGCCUCGGGACAGGAGGAAUUAAAGCUAAUGUUACGCCGAUGUGCGCUGAGCAGUAUCAGCAUUCGCACCCCGUUCUCAAGACCCUCAAGUCAGGAGAGGAGGUCAUCGUUGAUCCGGAGCUCACCGUGCAAAGGCUCUUUAUGUGUGCCAUUCUCAUUUCCGCCGCUGUGUUCAUCUCAGGCCGAAACAAGUACAUCCGCGUCCCCCCAGUUGGUUCAGCCAUUCUCGACGCCUGCCGCACAACUAGCAUCGCCAUCAAGGAGAAGGGCUUCGAUAAUGCACGACCAUCAGUUCUCAGAGCAACAGGUCACAGUGACAAGUACCCGUUGGCUAGUCAAGAGAGAUACACCGAUGAGUACGUCGGUGAUGUUCAGCGGGGACUCAAAAGCUGUAAAAUGUUCUUGUUCUUCCCUUUCUAUUUCAUCUGCUGGAAUCAGAUGUGGAACAACCUUAUUUCCCAGGCUGGAACCAUGGCUCUUCACGGAACACCAAAUGAUCUUCUACAGAACCUCGACCCCAUUGCUCUUUGCUUUUUUAUUCCCUUCCUCGACUUGAUCGUGUACCCCCUCCUACGAAAGUACAGAAUCGACUUUGACCCCGUCACACGCAUCUUCAUGGGUUUCAUGUUCGCCUCAAUCUCAAUGGCAUACGCAUGCGUUCUCCAACACUACAUUUACAAGUCACCACCAAACAGCAUCCACGUCUGGAUCCAAGCACCAUCCUAUAUCCUCGUGGCGUUGUCCGAAGCCUUUGUUAUUAUCACAGGUCUCGAGCUAGCCUUCACUCAAGCUCCCAAGAAGUAA